AUGAAAGGUUAUUGAAUUUUUUACUUUUCCUUCCAAAUUAUUUGGUGUCAAAUGCUCAUAGGAUUAUUCCAUAGUAAUUUGACAGACAUAGAGCUUGCAAAUAACUUAUCAGUAUCACUGUUGCAAACUUUUGCUGACCAAAUAGCUCUAAAGAAUGUAUUAAUAACUUCUUUCUCUGAAGAAAAAUAAGAACACCAGAAAUUAUAGCUUGAUCAACCAAGAGCUACCUUUUUAAAAUUUUUUUGAUUUUUGCUUAUAUGAAAGAGCUUUUCUUGAGGUCAUGCUCUAUAAUCAGGUAUACAGACCUUGGUUCUGAGGAUAGACUUGCUGGUGAGAUGAACCGGGCAUCAAAGUUGAUGCAGGAAAGGUACGCAGACCUCUUCACAAUUCAAAUAAGAAGAGAAGUGGAUCGUCUGAGUCAAGAUGAAAACAAAUCCACAGCUCAUCGGGCCACAAUGGGGAAAUGCAAGUUAUUGAGCGUAGUCGCAUUGAAGAUGGGUAUUCUGGAGAAUAAAAUGGACGAGAGAUGCGGAAUAAGCUAGAUUUGGGAAAUAAAGCUGACAUAUAGCUCUAACUAGAUUUAUUCCUUCCUUCUUCUUGCUCUGACAUUUUGCAUCAAGACGGAGACAUGCAAGCCAUAAUUGACCUGACUUCAAGCUUUUCUUUGGCCGAGUGCAUCAAUAGCUUCGCGAGUCAAACCCAAUCAAUAGUAAUCAGUCUUGAAAACAUUGAAAACUCUUACAGUGAUUGGAGGUUUUUUACCCACUACUCAUCAAAAGCGCAUCAAAAUGCACUUUCAGCUCUUGUUGAUUUUUUAAAUUGAAAUAAAUUUAUCGUGCUUUCUGAUGAAUUGCAAAAAAAAAAUUCCUAUGAGUUUCCGAAUAAAACGGUCAGCAUUUUUAUAUGUGCUGACACUAAAGACCAAAAUUUGGCUGAUUUAUUUGUGGGAAAAGAAAUUAAAAAAAUUGGUACAAGAAAUAUCGUCAUUUUGGCAAAUGGGGAAAGUGCAAAAUGAUUAUUACAAAGUUUAAAAGAAAAAAAUAUUUUUAAUUUUGGCAGCGGAAUAGUUUUGGGAAGCAACAGUUUUUGAGGCACUGAUGAAAAUGGUAUUUUGGCAUAUGUCGAGGAAGGUUUAGAAAACUCAUUUGAUUAUAUAAGCUAUGAAUCCUUAAGCUGUAUAAGUUUCAUUCGAUUAAUUUUAAAUUUCAGUGAAGGGCAAAAUAGAGUGUCAUUGAGAGAUCUUUUAGAAAAAGAAACUUUUGAGCAUCAUCCGCUUCCAAGGUUUUCAUUACUGAAUGUCCAAAAUAAUAAAAGAGUUAAAGUAGGCGAAAUUUUCCAUAAUGAAGUCACAAUAUCCAGCCAGAUCAUAUUUCCUGGAAACUCUACUUAAUAUAUUAAUGCUACUUACUCCCCCCCCCUCUCCGUGAGCGAACAAAAAAAUUUUGUUCGCUCACGGAGGGGGGUUAAUUUUUUUUUUUAAAAAAAAUUUAUAUAUAAAUUUUAUAAAAAAUAUUUUUUUCGAAAUUUAAAAAAAAUCCUAAUUUGCAAAAAUUGGGGAAGCAAAUAUUAAUUUAAUUUGCAAAAUUUAUGUUUUAAAACGCAAUUUGUUUAAAAUUAAACAGAAUUAGCUCUAGAUUUCAUUAUACUAAUUAUCACUUAUAUAUCAAAAUUUUUUUCCAUUAAAAUUUUUUCUAUUAAAAAAAUUUUUUGUUCACUCACGGAGGGUGGGUUUUUGGUCAAAAAAUGGCGAUUUUUCUAAUGGUUUUGUUCGCUCACGGAGGGGGGGGGGGAGUUAGGUAUUUAAAGUGUAUUCCCUCUUCAGCAGGAUGAUUUAGGCAUGCAUAAGCCCAUCCUUUUAACUCCCAACUGGUGAUGUCAGCAGCCAUUUUAUCUAGCAAGCAUUCCAGAAGACGCACCCGCCACGACAGAAGGUCCCGCACUGGUCGCGAGACCUCGCCCGAACUUGACUCCUGCACGUGUUUCGCCUAAGAGUUACCUCCUUGGAUGUGCCAAGCAGAAAACCAUAUACCCUUGGACCAAAGAAAUACCCUAUGUGGUAUUCCAUAUUGGUGUUGCGGAUAAAGGUCCACGUGGAAAGCUGAACCAUAAUAAAAGUGAAGGAAGGAAUAGUUCUCGAAGAGAACUAAUUCCGAUCUUAGCCAUUUAUUAUUAUCUUUGGAAACUCUACACUAUUUCCUAACGCUCCAAUUACAAGUAUCCCCAUUUCUAUGGCCGAUGGGGACACCAAUCCAGGCUUUCCAAACAGUAGUUAUGGAAGUGUAAUAAAGUGAGGAGCAAAUUACGCAUUAGAAUAUAUAGUAAGCUCCCAUUUUUUUGACGGAUUUGAGUUUCAGGUUGCUCAUACAGAUUGUGGAGCAGAUGUCUACAAUGCAACUUUCGCCUUUAACUGCUUCAGCAAGGUGAAAGACCGCCUUGGAAUAGGCUUUUUAACGAGCUACGCUUCAACUACUUGUAUAGGAUACAUCAAUACCCUUCGAAAAUUAAAUGUUUCGAUCCCUCAUGUAUAGGGUUUUCCCCUAGAUAGCCCUGUAAGGGCUGUGGAUUCUGGGCGGAAUCUUUGGUCCAACCAACUCAAUGCAUUAGUCGGGCAAACUCACUUGUUGGUUUACUUUCCAAAGGAUUCUGCCCAGAAUCCACAGCCUAUCUAAGGGAAACCCCAUAUCAGAGUUUGCUCCACAUGUACAACUAACUGAUGAGGCAGCGUUUCCUGAAUUCAUGAGAGUUUAUAAAGAACAAAGAUUCAAUGUAGGUGUGCUAUUCAGUCUUUUAUCAGUGUUCAAUUGAAAGCACAUCAAUGUGUAUUAUAUUAGUUCUCUUCCAAAUGUCGCAAUCUACGACUAUUUUGAAGCCUUGGUGAAUAAGUCAAAUAUAAAAAUUGAAAACGAUAGAAAUGAAAGGAUGCUUAAUGCUAAAGCUCGGUAUGUGAUUAGUGCGCACUCAGAGCUGGCCUCGAGCAGAAGCCAAGUUUAUUGGCUUUUCUGAUGCAUUUUGAUGAACCAAACUCACUUUGGCAAAAACAAGCCAUCGUGACUAUAUGUGCCAAAUCGAGUUUGGCUUGUCAGAAUGCUGCAGAUAAGCUAAUAAGCUUGGUUUCUCCUCCAAGCCAGCUGAGCAUGCUAAUAGCUUGCUUUAGCUAUAAUUAUAGGCACAGUGAUUUUGAAAAGUAUAAGCCAUGGCUACAAAAAGCCCUCAAUUCAAACGUCAGAAUAUAUAUUCUUUUAUUCUCGCCACCAUGGCUGUUUUAUUUUAUGCAAGAUUUAUAUGAUAUUGGCUUUACUCUCCCCCUCCGUGAGCGAAUAAGACCAUUAGAAAAAUCCCUAUUUUUUGACCAAAAGCCCACCCUCUGUGAGUGAACAAAAAUUUUUUAUGAAAAAAAAUUUUGAUAUAUAAAUGAUAAUCAUUAUAACGAAAUCUCUAGUUAUUCUGUUUAAUUUUAAACAAAUUGCGUUUUAAAAAUAAAAAUUUUACAAAUUAAAUUAAUAUUUGCUUUCAAAUUUUUACGAAUUAGGAUUUUUUUAAAAUUUCGAAAAAAAAAUUUUCUAUAAAAUUUAUAUAUAAAUUUUUUAAAAAAAAAAAUUAACCCACCUCCGUGAGCAAACAAGAUUUUUUUAUUCACUCACGGGGGGAGUUAGAAGAAACAAUUUUUUGCUUUUACACUUUGCUAAAGUUACUUUUUAUACAUUAACUGAAACAGACCCGACCCAAAUACACAAGCUAAAUGAACUAUUUUAUAAUUGUAUAAUUAUUGAUCAAAUUGAUUGGGUGGGAGAAUAUGGGAAACAGGUUAAAAACGUUAUUGAAAAGCAGCACAGCUCCAGAGGAGAUGCUCUAGUCUACAGGUGCUUUUCUUUUGACUCUGCAAUGCUAUUGGCAAGUGGCAUUAAGUAUACAAUUACUCAAGGAAAGAAUAUAGAAGAUUCCUCAAUACUCAACUCAAAUCUAAGAAAGCAAAAGUUUACAGGCUGCUCAGGAACUGUCUCAAUUGCUCCUGGAUCUAAUGAUAGAAGCACAGGACUGAUGGGUGUAUUUAAUUUUAGGUGGGACGAAAAGCAAAACUCAUUGGACGACUAUCAUUAAAUAUGGCGUCUUCGUCUGGGCAUGGCCUCUCGGCCAUGCAGCCUCAAAUCAUAUUUAAUUAUAUCCGGCAAGGUUUUGCCAGCUCAGAAAUGGACAGCAAUGCUAGGUAAGUAAUUCUGGUUGUGUUCAGAGCCUAGCCCAAGUCUUUUUUCAGGGUUGGUUUUUUCCUCAUGGGGAAGGAAAGCAUGUCAGUUGGAAAGGGGAAGCCCAGCAGAGUCCUAAGGACCAAUCGGGCAACUCCCUAGCGUGAAACUGGGCGUUACGUCCCAGGCUGCAUAUUUUUCCUUUUUGCCGAGAGCCGACCAGAAAAUCCAUUUUUUUGGAUUUUCGGAAAAGCAACCCAUGUACACAAGCAAGUAGCUCACUCAUGAGCCGUCGAAGCCGGUGACGUUUGCCCUAAGCGCACCUUGGUGAUCGAAGCGGGCUGGCCCAGCAGCCCGUGGGCCCGAUGCGGCGAAAGGCAAGUGAUAGGCCUGGGAUAGUCUACCCCGUAGUGGACGUAAAGCGUUAUACUUAAAAUUAAUUAAUUAACUCAUUGGACGACUAUCUUGUCGGAAAAUAUGAUUGAGGCAGCACCCAGCUCUUUUCUUUUUAUGAAACAAUAAUAUGAAAUGAUAAUAUGACUACUACUUAUCCGUCUGAUAUGAUUAUGGAAGGUGAAUGUCCUUUUGAUGAAAAAUUAAUUGAAUACUCGACUAAAGGUGCAGCUAUUCUUUAUGGCUUUUGUUUUUUUGUACUUAUUGUCGCAGCUACGGCAACCAAUUUUGCAUGGAAAAGCUGAAAGCAUAUUAGAAUUAAUAAUCUAACUCCCCCCCUGUGAGUGAACAAAACAAAUUGAGUUUUAAAAACAUAAAUUUUUAUAAAUUAAAUUAAUAUCUGCUUCCCAAUUUUUGCAAAUUAGGAUUUUUUUAAAAAUUUCGAAAAAAAAAUUUUCCUAUAAAAUUAUAUAAAAAAAAAAAAAAUUUAACCCCCUCCGUGAGUGAACAAAAUUUUUUUGUUCACUCACGGAGGGAGUAAGUGUUAAAGCCCAAGCAAAAUUUGAAGACUAUCUCGAACACUUGAUCAUUUUUAUAAACUUUUUACAGUUUUUAGCUAUGAGUCCUGAUAUAAAGGAAUAUGAUGAAUAUUCCAGCUUACUUGCUGGAUAUAUUGCCUUGAACUUAGAUUGAAUGAUAGAAAGAAAUAAAUUUUGGUACUUUACAUAUAUAAUUUUAGGUGCUGCAGGGACAUGAAUUUAUAUCAGCUUCAACAUUCUUUUAGCGGUUGAUGCGAAAUAUUCGUUCUUUAUUUUUUAUUUUUUAGGAGAUUUUGCUCAAAUACUGGUCUUAAUCCUUGGUAAUAUUUGUUUUCUGCCGAUUGUGUCAUUUUUAAUAAGCGUAGUUCAGUGUGAUCAAGCGAUUGGUAAUGAACUUUCAAAUAGUUUUGUGAGAUGAGACUGCUCAGUGUUUUGCUGAAAAGAUAGUCAUUUAUACAUUGGCGCACUCUCAAUUUCUAUUUUAAUUAUUUACUUGCCACUUGCAAUUUUCUUGAAGCCCUAUUGAAACCACUCGAAUGACCAUAUAAAUAUAAGAGCUUCUCCUCUUUACCUGAUUUCAAAAGCAAUGCUUCAGGUUAUUAUUGUCAUCUUAAGUAAAAUCCUAAAACCCUUUAAUCAGUCUUUAUAUGGGUUUAUUUACAUUAUAUCCUUUAUCUUGUUUUUCCUGAUUUUACGGAAGAAAAAAUUUUAUAACUACCAUAGGUGCAAUUUAUGGACAAAUAUUUCGUACUCUGCAUUGAUAUGAAGUGCUAUUAUUUCGUCUUUAUAUUGGAUUUACCCUAAUAAACUAGCAAAACUGUGAUUUGCGCUGCAAUUCCUUGGGUGGUCAUCAAUGGUUGUCGCUGGAAUAUAUAUGAACUGUAAAUAUUAUCCCAGCUUACUUGAUGCUGGAAAACAAUUCGAUAUCAGCCUGCUAGUUAGAUUUUCUUUUGGAAAAAAAGUUAGCGCCAAGGAGAUCAAUAAAGUUAGGCAAGAGGUUUUGUGCGAAACUAAUUUUGUUCCAAAUGAUGUAGAAAGUAAAGAAAAUUUAGCAGAGCGCUAA